AUAAUAAUAGCUAACAUUUUGAGUAUUUACUAUGUUCUGAAAAUUUUAUAUAACCUAACUCAUUUGUUAUUUAUAACCUUAAGAGCAAUCAGAAUUAUUGUUAUCCCCUGCUUAGGAGGAAACUGUACAGAGAUUUAAACCCAUGUAUUCUAGAGCCAGUCAGAGCCUGAGCCUACACUCAUAAGUGUUAGACUGUACUGCCCCUUAAAGGAAGUAGCAUUUGAGAUAGACUUUGAACAAUAGAUAACAUUUCUUCAGGGAUAGAUUAGUGGGAUGGCAUUCAGGGUGAAAAUGAUUUUCUUUGGGGAAUUAGGAAAUAGCUGAGUUUGACUGAAAUGUUGCUUACAAGAAAGUAGAAAGUCUCCUGUGCUCCAAACUGAAUUUUUGAAAGAUUUUGAGGAAAUGGAAUAAGAUAUAAUAUUGUAAAAUAUUUUGCUAAAAGAACACAAAUCUUACUUUUUUAGAGGAAUAGUGUCCUAAGUGUUAGUUUGUUCAUUUCCUAGUUUAAAUUUUUUAUUUUUUAUUUUUUUUAGAGGGGAGGUAAUUAAAUUUACUUAUUUUUAGAGGAGGUACUGAGGAUUGAACCAAGGACCUUGUGUAUGUUAAGCAUGCACUCUACCACUCGAGCUCUACCCUCCCCCCGUUCCCUAGUUUAGACUUCUAUAUCUCUGUUAAAGUUUUAUGAAAUAAAAUAAAGGGCUGUAUUUUAUAGUACCUAAUUAAUUAUAUAUUUUACCAUCCCUCUGUGUUAGGCAGUAAUGCCCCAUGAAUGAACACUAAGUAUGAAAUUAUAGGCACAAUUUUCAUCUCUUUAUUAUAAAAUAAUGAUUUUUUUGUGUGUGACUUUUCAACUUCAGGUAAUUUCAGACCAGGUAUCACUGUAUAAUUUACUUUAUGACACCUUUUUCCUAGAAAUGCUGUGUACAUUAAUAUGUAUACCAUUAAAAUAGAAAAAAUUAAGUUGCAGAUCCUACUGAAUCUGAUAAAGCACUGUGAAAUCUUUGGGAUCACGUUCUGGUGUAUCUAAAGUCCUGAGGACAAGUUUUGAAAAAGUAUGUCGGAAAUUCUCAUCAGAAAGAAGUGGUCUUCAGUAAGCAGAAGAAUCUUCCAUGUAUUGCACCACUUCUAACCACGGUGGAGGAGACUCCGCAGAUCAUCUCUGCUCGAGUCCAGGGACGUUUUCCUAAGUGGCUCAAUGGCUAUCUACUUCGAAUUGGACCUGGGAAAUUUGAGUUUGGGAAGGAUAGGUACAACCACUGGUUUGAUGGAAUGGCUUUACUUCACCAGUUCAAGAUGGAGAAGGGCACAGUGACAUAUAGGAGCAAGUUUCUACAGAGCGAUACAUAUAAGGCCAACAGUGCUCGUGACCGAAUUGUGAUCUCAGAAUUUGGCACACUGGCUCUCCCUGAUCCAUGCAAGAGUGUUUUUGAACGUUUCAUGUCAAAAUUUGAGCUGCCUGCAAUGACUGACAACACCAACGUCAACUAUGUGCGGUACAAGGGUGAUUACUACAUUAGUACAGAAACCAACUUUAUGAAUAAAGUGGACAUUGAAACCCUGGAAAAAACAGAAAAGGUAGACUGGAGCAAAUUUAUUGCUGUGAAUGGAGCAACUGCACAUCCUCAUUAUGACCCAGAUGGAACAGCAUACAACAUGGGGAACUCCUAUGGGCCACAUGGUUCUUGCUAUAAUGUUAUUCGGGUUCCUCCAGAGAAAGAGGAGCCUGGGGAGACAAUGCAUGGAGCCCAGGUGAUAUGUUCUAUUGUUUCUACAGAGAGGAUGAAACCUUCUUACUACCACAGCUUUGGAAUGACAAAGAACUACAUAAUCUUCAUUGAACAGCCUCUAAAGAUGAAUCUGUGGAAAAUCAUCACUUCUAAAAUCUGGGGAAAGGCCUUUUCAGAUGGAAUAAGCUGGGAACCCCAGUAUAAUACACGGUUUCAUGUGGUGGAUAAGCACACUGGUCAGCUUCUUCCAGGGAUGUACUACAGUAAACCUUUUGUUACUUUUCACCAAAUCAAUGCCUUUGAGGACCAAGGCUGUGUUGUAAUUGAUUUGUGCUGUCAAGAUGAUGGAAGAAGCCUAGAAGUUUACCAGCUACAGAAUCUUAGAAAAGCUGGAACAGGGCUUGAUCAGGUCUAUAAUUCAGUAGCUAGAUCUUUCCCUCGAAGAUUUGUUUUGCCCUUACAUGUCAGUCUGAAUGCCCCCGAGAGAGAGAACCUCAGUCCGUUGUCCUAUUCUUCAGCCAGUGCUGUGAAACAGGCUGAUGGAAAGAUUUGGUGCUCUUAUGAAAAUCUGUAUCCCGAGGACCUAGAAGAAGAAGGAGGUGUUGAAUUUCCCCAGAUCAACUAUGGCCAGUUCAGUGGCAAAAAGUAUAAUUUCUUCUAUGGAUGUGGCUUUCGGCAUUUGGUGGGGGAUUCUCUGAUCAAGGUUGAUGUGGUGAACAAGACACUGAAGGUUUGGAGAGAAGUUGGCUUUUAUCCCUCAGAACCUGUUUUUGUUCCAGUACCAGGAACAAGCGAAGAAGAUGGUGGGGUUAUUCUUUCUGUGGUGAUCACCCCCAACCAGAAUGAAAGUAAUUUCCUCUUAGUCUUGGAUGCCAAGAACUUUGAAGAACUGGGCCGAGCAGAGGUGCCUGUGCAAAUGCCUUAUGGGUUCCAUGGCUCCUUCGUAACCAUCUGAUGGAACCACCACAGGGUCUGGGAACUAGGUUUGAAAUAAAUGUGCUCUGUACAAAAGCGAAAGCAAAAGGUGCACCUUACCAUCCCAACCUUAGACAUCUAGUUUUAAAAUUUCUGUUAAAAAUGGAAUUCAUGAAAUCAUUAUGGCUUUAUAUUUUCUUAGAGAUCUUCCCUGAAAACAUUAAGCAAGUGUUGAUACAACCUUUGAAGAGAAUUUUAAGUAUCUAUUUACUGGAUAUAUCUUCCUCUAGGUAAGAAGAACACAUGAAAGAAAAACUAGAACUGGGUCAUUAUCACCACCAGAUUGGUGGGGACAGAGGUUCCCAUACUUGGGAGAAGAAAUACACAUAACCAUAGGUGGUAGAACAUUGUCUGAAAAACCCCUUGUUUAUUCCAUGACAGCCUGCCUGUUGGCAGUGGUCCUAAGGUAUCACAGAGAACAGGAAGCCAGCUAUGUCAUGCUUGGAGGCUUCUUCUAAACUGGCUGUUCCUCUGCUUCCACAGCAGGUGCCACUGCAGUUGAACCACCCGCUACCACAUCCCUUCCCACCCCAGAUUAGCCUUGGGAGGGUGCUGCCUGGAGGGGCAUUGUUUAACAUCAGGCAUUUCUUCAAAUCUCCAGCCUUACAGUUCUUCAGAGAUUGAGGAACAGUUGGUAGUUCUUCAUCUAGUUGGGCAGCAGGUGGCGUCUAGACCUUCUAAUCUCCACAUCUCUACAUCCCCAUCAUUUUUACCAACAGUCCAGACCAGCCAAGAUCUGUCACUUAAGCCACAUGAUAAAAUCCCUUUUCCCCUUUUCCUUCAGUUACACUCCUUUCUUCUGCUGAACUCCCACCCAGGGCCAGUUAAACUGUGCAUCUCUAUGUGCCUGUUGAGUGUGGCUGGAGGGGCGCCCCGGACGUGUAGUUUGGGGCGAUGUGAACGCAUUAGGCUCACUGCACAGUUGUAGAGCAACACAAGUUCUUCUCAGUUUUCCUUCAGAGUUAUUAUAAAUGAUGCAGACCCUGUUCUCUUUAGUGAAGUGUCCCAUACAUACAGAUGCCACAUGCUGGGGUUUACCUUGUGGCCAUAAAGUAAAAGCUCUGAGUUUUGUGGCUGGGUUGGUGAGUCACAGAACAACAGCAAUAGAUACGGAAUGGCAGGAAGAUGUCUAAACGGAAUGAAUACAGUGGAUGUGGGAGCUCAGAGGCUGAGACAACCACAGACCAUAAAUCCCCCGUUACUUCACAGAAGGCUUCGAAAAGGCAUUGCACUUGCACCCUCUCCUCCCUCCCUGAGAUGAGACAUGAAAGUUUGAUUCAGAUCUUAUCUGGUGAAUGAAGGAAACUCCAGUCGACAUCUGGGAGUUACACAGAUAUUUUAUAAUCUAGGUGCAUAUGGCUGGUAAUCCAGUGUAGAAAGUUCUGGAAAUUGAAUGAACUCAAAGCCUAGGCAGGGCCUCUUCCUCUCCCUAAGUCCAACUCAUCACUGGACAGUGUCCCGAGACUCAAGGAAAGGGUGUAUAAAGUGCACAAGUGAGGGGAAAAGGAAUUAGGGUGCACCCUAGUGACCUUAUCUUAAUUACAUCUGCAAAGACACAAUUUCCAAAUAAAGCCAUAUUCUGAAGUACUGCAAGUCGGGACUUCAACCAUUUAACUUUGUGGGGACACAAUUCAAUCCAUAACAGGAUGACUGAGAGUGAAUUUGGUGAGUACCUUUAUACAGAAUUAGCUUCAACAAAAUAGAACAAGAACUCUGCAAAUGCAAUUACAUAUUUUAUUGAAGCAAAGAAGUAAAGCAAUUUCUCAGAAAUUCUUUCCACUUUUAACCUUUUACUUUAUUUUGAUUGUUUAAACUGUUUUAGGAACAAAUUAUUUGUGUAAACACUAGAGUAUCUCUGAUGCAGUCAAUGCCUGGGAAACAUUGUUUAUAUUGUAAGUGAUCUUGGGUAAAUUCACGUAUCUGGGCCUGUUCUUUCUUUAAAGUGAGAGGACUGAACUAGAUUUAGACUCUUAUUUCAGAAAUUUCUGGUUUAUAAUUAUUCGAAGUUCUUUUUUUACAGCCUGGGGGGGAGAGGAGAAUAUUUGAAAAUGUGUGAGGAAUUUUUGCCAUAUAACAUAUUAAUAAUUUAAUGCAGAACAAACAAUAAACAGCUGAAGACAGACA